GCUUGGAGAAGUGAUCCUUUUCACUAACGAAAGAGCGAACCAGUUGACCUUAGACGAUCGGUAGAGCUCGAGACAAUGGUUGGGCCAAGAAGGCCACACUUCGUUUUGUUCGGUUCCUCAAUCGUGGAAUACAGCUUUAAUCAGGAAGGUUGGGGUGCGAUUCUUGCCGACAUUUACGCUCGUAAGGCAGACAUUUUUUUGCGAGGAUAUGCUGGUUGGAACUCCAGGCAUGCAGUAGAAGUUCUGGAUCAAGUUUUUCCAAAGGACGAACCAGUACAACCAUCUCUAGUGAUUGUUUAUUUUGGAGGUAACGAUUCAGUCUCUCCUCAUCCACGUGGCCUAAGUAGUCAUGUACCUCUUUCUGAGUAUGUUGAGAACAUGAGGAAGAUAGCUAUCCAUUUGAAGAGCCUUUCAGAGAAGACGCGCAUAAUAUUUCUUACUACUCCGCCCGUGAAUGAGGCUCAAAUGCUAGAAAUUUUGGGUGUUGAGGAUCGAACAAAUGAACGGUGUCAAAAAUAUGCAGAUGCUUGUGUAAGAAUGUGCCAAGAGAUGGGGAUUAAGGCUAUUAAUCUGUGUGCCGCAUUUAAGCAACAACAUGACUGGUCAACAAGCUGCUUUACAGAUGGGAUACAUUUAUCAGCUGUUGGAAGCAAGAUAAUGGCAAAAGAGAUACUCAAAGUGAUCAAGGAAGCUCAUGACUGGAAGCCAAGUUUGCAUUGGGAGUCUUUGCCCACAGAGUUUGCAUAACAUUCAAUUCAAGGUACAUCAUUAUUAAAUAGGUUCAAUCAGCAACUCAAACAGGUAACUUGCUUGUAUGUUGCUGUUGGCUUAUGCUUUCUGUUAUAUCUGCUUCAUCUGGAUGCAUGUAUAAGAUUUUUUUAGUUUAUAACAUUGUUUUCUUCAACAUAUUUAUAUUUAAA